AUGACCAUAACGUCGCCACCCCGGUAAGUGGCAACACGUCGAACGUGACCGUCAUCUCGACAGGUUUUUCCGUUUCGUCGUUGACUAUGGUAUAGCAGCUCACCUUCGGGGAUCGUCGCACGAAACGGCCUAUACUUUCGGUGCCCGGAGGAGGAUAUAUGGAGACUGGAAGCACCUAGCAACUGGGCGGUUCAGGCGACACACCUCUCUGCGAAGCAAUUUGCUACCACGACUGGUGGCGUUGCGACAGAAGCUGUUUUGAGACGAACCUCUCAUUGCGUGAUGAUGGGCCACUUCCAGACCACUGGAGGCGAGGGACCCAUCGUGGGCGAUGGGAUGGCAGAUCUAGACGGUCCCUGGAACAACAAGGGGGUUAGCAAAACAUCGUCAAGCAUCGGAGAGGCACAAUGUACGGCGAGGGGGACGGUAAUAGAGUUCACAGCCGAUGGCGCAUGGAAUGAGGACGAAAUCGUCGAGACAUCGACCACCGUCGACGAAGCCGAACUGGUCGGCGGGCGUUCCUUCCGAAGGGACGUGGGGAGUGGUAGACAGGCUGUCCACCAGCGCACGAGCUCUGGGAGCACUCAGAGCUCGGCGAGCCUCGAGACCCGUCCAGGAGGGGACCACCAAGUCACGAGUGGACCUAGCAUGACAUGGUCUCGAGUUGUCGCCACCAUGGACCUCCGACACAACAGGGACUGGAACUACUGGAAGGCAUGCUCAUCUGGUUGGCCGACGUUCUGACACAGGUGUGUCAUAUCCGCGCAGCUUCCGCCAUUGUCGCGCCCAACGAAAGCCGAGGCCUGGAGAGGGGCUUGGUUGGCGAUUAUGGUUGUACUUGAAGCUCCUUUAUCGUAUUGUUUAUUGAGAUCGACCGUGACACCAUGCGUGGGCAUACCCAUGAACCAAUCUUGCAAGAGGACUUUCACGCAACGCGAAAGACAAACAUAUUGAAACCUGUGCAAUUAUCAGACCAGCCCCAUUUUAAUAAGCUCCCGUUUCACGCCAUAGGAGACCCGGAUAGCCAGACGCGACGCGUCGUGAUCCCGUGAUCACCGCGUCGAGUGUGGCUAUCGCGUAGGCGCCCACAAGUACAAGUCGAGGCGUCCCUC